AUGGCCCCAGAUACUCUCUCCCUUCAAGGCAAAGUCGCCAUCAUCACUGGCUCUGGCAAAGAGACCGGCAUCGGUGCCGGCAUUGCAGAGGCGCUCGUCCGGAAUGGAGCUUCCGUGACCAUCAACUACGUCUCUGAUUCCACGGCACCGAGAGCGGCCAAUGUAGUGAAGAAGAUCACUGCCAGCGGCGGUAAGGCAACGGCAGUCCAGGCUGACAUCUCCUCACCCGACGGGGCGACUAAGUUGGUCAAUGAGACCUUGAAGUCAUUCAAUGUCAACAAGGUCGAUAUCAUCGUGAACAACGCAGGCGGUGGUGAAGGCGGCCCAAUCAUGAAGGCCACUCAAGCUGGUCUUGAGCGCACCUUCGGCAUCAUUGUGUUCGGCGGAAUUUUCUUGAUCCAAGCCGCGGUGCCACACAUGCCUCGAGGCGGCCGCAUCAUCAACAUUGGGUCUGUCGCUUCCAAGAUGGGCAUCGGUCACAUUGCGGCAUACUCCGCAGCCAAGGCUGCAAUGGACUCAUUCACUUACUCCACGGCGCACGAGCUCGGUCGCGGCUAUGGUAUCACAAUUAAUACUGUCUCACCUGGGCCCGUGAAGACGGAUGGGCUACCGCCCGAUCAGAUGCAGGCGUUCAUUGACGGGAUGGCACCCCUGACGAGGGCGGAGGAGCGGCCUGGAACCGUGGAAGAUAUUGCUGAUGCGGUGUUGCUUUUGGCGUCUGAGAAGAGUCGGUGGAUCACGGGGCAGCACAUCUCGGUCAGUGGAGGUAUCACAGGUGGCUGA